GUGAACUUCAAAAGAAGAAGAUAUGUAUCUGCCUCGGAAAAACUAUAAUCUACUUUUACUCAGCGAACAAGACGCAAGGACAAUGUAUUACGACAGGCUGCAGGAAUCUGCAUUGUUGGCGUCCAAGAGUAGUAUCAAAAGAAUGCAAAAGUCUGGGAUGCGGCUGGCAGCAUUGCAAUGCUGUCUCGUGUGAGGACAUUGAAAAUUGUGGCAUCCUGCAAAUUUCUGCAGCUUUUCUGAGCAAUUGCAACAUUGCUAGUAACAAGCAACACAGCUUAAAAAGGUGGACAAUGUGGCCCGUUUGAUCGGAGGCAGCCAACCUAUGGAAGAGCCAGACCAUCAAUCACAACUGUGGCCAGGUCAAAGGACUGAAAGAACUUAAACAAAGUAGGCCGUUAGCUUGAAGUACACAGCUUUGCAGGGAAAAUGAAGGGCCAGAAAUCAAGCACGACUUUGUCAGCAUCCGAGAUGGUCACGAAUGCCGCCACAGCUUUAAAUGCUGGGGAGCUUCUCAGUCUGUGUGAGAAGCUAGUUGCCAGCUAUAACUCGGCAAAAAUAAACCCAGAUAUCCAUGCCGAUGAAUGCAUAGCAGAGUGGAAAGUCACAGACGAAGACGACAAGGUGUUUCUGAAGCAGGUUUUGUAUGGCUGCUGUCGCUACAAGAAGCUGAUCAAGGCUCUUGUGACCAGCCUGUACCACAACAACUCUGGCUGCACCCUACGCUCCGACGUCCACUUGUACAGCGUGUUUGUGUACCUCAUUCUGAUCCGACUGGAGGAGCUGACCUUUGAGCAAUUCAGGCGGCUCUGCCUCACCCAGGAGCCCCAGAAGAUCCUGGUUCUGGUCAACUAUGUCUUUAACCGCGAGAACCUGGAGCAGUGGUGCAAGGACGAGUGGCUCAAAAUCUACGACACCACCUUUGUGACCGCACUCAUUGACAGCGUCCUGCAAUGGCAACCCCACGUUGCAGAGAUGGUGAAGAGGCUCGAGGAGAAAGUGUUUAUGAAACGGAGGGCGGAGGAGCAGGAGGCGGACACGGGGGCGCGCGGCGCAUCCUCGAAAUUUACGGCGACGGUCGUGCAGCCGUUUAACCUGUCAAUGAGCAAACGGAAGCCGGUCUACAUCGACGAAGAGCCGGUGGUAACGCUCAAAGCCCGCCCGCCGCCCCCCCACCUCGACGGCCCCACGCCCACGGAGCUCGCGCUCGAGAAAGCGCGCGAGCAGAACCGCGCGCGCGCCGCCGAGAAGUACGCCGACGCGAGGCCAUUCCGGCUGCGCGUGCUGGAGCGCCCGAGCAACCUGGAGAAGGUGAAACUUGAGGUGGAGGAAACGCGCGCGGAGGCGCACGCCUUCCGGCCGGUCAAGGCGCGCCCGGUGCCGGCUGCGUCGGAAGCCAAGGUCAAGUAUAACGCGGCCGCGAUCCUGCGCGAGGACGCGCUCCUUCGGAAGAAGCAGGAAGAGGCCGCGAAGGCGCUCCAGCAGUACGAGUCGGAACUGCGGGACGCGUCGGAGUAUCUGGCAUGGCGAGAAGAGAUGAGCAAAGCGGAGGAGGCGGAGCGCGCGGCGGAGAUUGAACGGCGAAGGAUCGAGACCGCGGCGGGGGCGGAAAUGGUGAAGCAGGCGGUUGCAGCCAAGGCUCAAGAGAACAAGCAGACGGUGGCGUCGAUGCGCGCGCAGGCGGAGCUUCUGGAGCAGCAACUGGCGCAGGAGAGGGAACAGAUCGAGCAGGCCAACAGGAUGAAGAAGCUGGAGAUCGUGGAGGAUAGGCAGGCCGUCAAGGCUGCUGUGGAGAAGGUGGCGGCCGAGAAGCGGCGCCAGGCGGAGGAGGUGGAGCGCGAGAGCGCGGCGCGCGCGCGGCGGCUCGCGGAGGAGAAAGCCAUCGAACAGAAGCGGAAGGAGGACCUCAUACGGCAACUGAGAGCGCUUGACGCCGUCCAGAGGACCCGGUCCAAGGAGCCGUUCGACCCGUUCACGAGCGGGAACCACGGCCUCUUAGAAGAGAUGUCGCUCGCGGAGCUGAAGGAGCGGGUUGGAAGAAUGCGCGAGCAGGAGCGCGCGUGGGAGGAGGAGCAGCGCGCGCGGAUCGCCGCGCAGAAGCAGGAAAAAGAAAGCGCGCUCCUGAGCAAGGCGGAGACGAUCAGUAAAGCGCGCGAGCGCGCGGAGGCGCUGCGGAAGGCGAAGCGCGCAGCGCGCGCGGUGGAGGCGCGCGCGAAAGAGGAGGAGGGGGAGCGCGCACGGCAGGAGGGGGAGGUGAAGCUGGCGGAAAGAUUGCAGGCCAAGCGGCGCGCGCGCGAGGAGGAGCUCGCGCGCUUAGAGGCCGAGGAGCGCGCGAUCGCGUUCGAGCAGCAGCGGCUCGCGGCCGAGAAGGCGCGCCUGGACGCGCUGCGCGCCGCGGAGCUCGGCAAGGGCGCGGAGCGCGCCGCGCGCGCGGAGGAGGAGAGGCAGCGGAAGGCGGCGGAAACGGAAGCGGAGACGAAGGCGAAGCAGGAGCGGCUGCGAAAGCAGCUGCAGCGCGCGGAACGGACGGAACGGAAGCGGACGAUUAAGCACUACGACGCCAAGGUCGAGCGCAUCAAGGCAGAAAAUGUGCAGGAGAAGACGGAAGAGCUCGCAAAGAAAAAGACGCUGGUUUUGACGGAACGCCAACGGAUGGAGCACGCACGACAGGCCCUCACGGAGCGGGACCCGUAUAAAGCUAGCUUGACCCUCCCUCUGAGGGAGAGGCCAAAGAGCCCCCCAACCUCGAAAAUGCGGUGAUAACUCGAACACAAGAUCUUUGGUCACUCGGAAGUCAUAGAGAGGAAUACAUUGCAAUAAAAUAACAAGGUAUGAAGGUAAAGACCGUGUCAUCUGAGUGUCAAUCUUUGGCGGAUCUGAAUUUCACCAUUUGGCCAG